CGAAAACACAAAACCCCGGGUAUUUUUCAGCUCGUCGCCGAUUUCUGUGCCGGAUCAGCAGUUUCUCUGCGAGUUCGGAGAGUCUGCCUCUGACUUGUUCAGAUCUUUAUUCAGAAAUUCACCUAAAGGCCUGUUACUGCGGUUAACAUGGAGAAUCGUAAGCGACCCGCAGAGCCAUCUGUGAGCCCGGGCGACAAGUUCCACACGCCGCAGAAGAGAGUGUCGCUGGUUCCCGUCUGGCAGCCGGAUUCUGACUUCAUGCGGUGGGGAAUCGGAGAAACAUGUCAGUACCUGCAAAGGGAAGGACUCGGAAAAUGGGAGGAAAUAUUCAGAGCUGAGAAGAUUACAGGUGUGGGGCUGAGGUACCUGAGGGAUGCAGACCUGGAAAAGAUUGGCAUAAAGUGUCUCGGGGACCGUCUGCAGAUCCUGCACAGCCUCAGAAAACUAUGGCAGAUUGAAGCAGAGGCCAAAAAGGUUUUUAAUGAUCCCAUUCACGGCCAUGUGGAGCUACACCCGCUUCUCAUCAAAAUCAUUGACACUCCUCAGUUUCAGCGACUUCGAAACAUCAAGCAACUUGGAGGCACAUAUUAUGUUUUUCCAGGCGCGUCCCAUAACCGCUUUGAACACAGCAUUGGGGUCGGGUACUUGGCUGGACGACUUGCUCAA